GCGAUGUUUAGUGCCAAUCGAGCAGUCGCCGCGCUCGUAGAGAAUGUCGCUCUGGAAGGCCGCAUGGGGAUCUCGGCCACAGCUCUCUUUGACGCGUAUCUCGUAGGCACACCAAACGAUGCCCCCUUUCGUGAGUUGUGUUGGCGCUUGCUCCUCCGAGCGUCGGUAUCGACAGGAACGGACAAGGAUGCACCGAUUCGACUGUACGUCCCGUCUGUUCCGUCGGGCACAAACGUCGCUACAGACAUCUCGUUCAACGACGCUGUGGCGAGUGAUGUCUGGGUCGUUGCAUGCGAAGCUCUGCGUUUCCGGGCAUUGCACUUGACGUCGCCGUUGGUGAUGACGGACAGUUCGACGGCGUUCCUCAUCUUAGAAGUCGUGGGCAAGAGCCGUGCCAAGGGAAUCUCGACCAUGGACAUCACGUCGUGCAUUCGACAAAACUUGCUGCCACGUGAACUCGAGAGUAAGAAGUUCGACGCCGACUUGCGGUCGAUCCACCACUACAUGGACCGGUUGAUCAGCCAGAAACUGCUCGUAAAGAAGAUGGUCCAGACCACGGAAAACUUCAAGUGUAAGCGGUUCAACAUCGUGCUGUUGCCGCGGUUUGAAGCGUCGUUCGAUCUGGAAUCGACGCUGCCGCAAUCGGUGAUGGAGGACGGCCCGCAGUGGAAAAACCACGCCGUCAACUACCUCAUUGGGUACCUCAGGCAGCAGGAAAACCACCAGUGCACGUUCAACGACGGCAUGCGAGCAAUCAGCAUCGAGAAGCGGCGGCUGGAAGCGCUGAAGAACUACAUUAUUGUAGAAUCGAAGAAAGUCGGGUCGUCGUUUCCCAUGGAGAUCUUCACGGCCAACCGCGCCGACACCAAGCAACGCUUCUGGUGCGUACGGCUCCGUGACAAGUUCGUCGCUGCCAUGGCCGCGGGCGAAGCGACAGGAUGGGCCGCCGCCGACCGCCUCGACACACCGCCGUCCAUGAUCUUUCACGAAAUGGGACUCGUCCAACAAGUGUACGAUGCGGUCCUCCAUGCCGGGCCGCUCGGGAUCACGUCGCCGGACUUGAAAGACAAAUUCGGCAUGUAUGGUAAAUGGCCGUACCGUCUCCUCACGCUUCUCGCGACGAGCUACCCCGUCCGAAUGGAGAAAACUGUCAUUGGUCGCAACUCGGUCUACCGCCUAAUUGCGACAACGCCUCCGCCAACGACUAAGCAUCGAGUGCACCACGUGCCUGCCAUCCUGCCGCCUACCUCGACGGACAAACCAGCUAACCACGUCUCGCGGAAACGGAGCUUGUCUCCGCCAACGUCCACCGCCACUGUGGCCAAGAAGAAAAGGCUGCACACCCACACGUUGCGCCACAGCAUGGCUCCUGCUUCGCCCACCGUUCCAUCCGUCACCGACACGACGGCGCUCCGUCGUUUGCACAUUCUGGACCGGCUGAAAAAGGAAAAAAUCGUGUCGUUGUAUUCGCUCCGGUCGUCCAUCAUCGAAAUGGAAAACUACGCCAAGGAUGGACGCGGCUUUUGCUCGUUCAACAGUGGCCACCGCGUCGACGUUCGGUCCAUCGUCCGCAUCGUGGAAGGGUCGCCAAAUGAGAUGACGUUGCGGCACUACGACAUGCCGAUCAAGUCAAGCUUGACCGCGUCCGGCACCAAGAGCAGCCGCCUCGUCCUGGCGGCUGACGCCACGGACGCCGACUUGAAAACGUUCCUGGACGCUUACGCGCGCGACUCGCGCAUCCAAACGCUCAACAGCAAAGCGUUCGUGAACCCAAACGUUAUGAUUCAACCCAACAACCCGCCGUCGUCCACUUCCAUCGCGUACAAGUUGAAGGACGUCCUGACCGCAAAAAGCCAAGUCGAACGCGACCGCGAGAACCAAAGCCACCUUCUCGGCAAGUGCCACGGAUUCCUCUAUCGGUGCCGCCUCUUCCAUACGUACGUGUUUGAGUACUUGCAGUCGGCCGUGGACCACCCCCUCCUCGCGGACGUGGCGGCGGCCCACGCCCCCGAUCGCCUCUUUCUCCUCGACCCGAUAUUCCAAAGCAUGUCUGUGACGUUGUACAUUCGCAUCCUCGGCAUUGGCCAGCUCCUCCUUCCCGACGAGUUUAGUCAACUCCAAGCUGCCGUCAAAUCCGGCGUGAAACUCGCCGACUUGCCUCCGACGCUGCAUGAGAAAACGACGCGCCACCAGAGCCGCCGCCUGACCAAACUCCUCCGCGCCCUCAUUGACCUCAAAGUGAUCAAGCCGCAUCGCCUCGGCCACGACACGCUUAUGUCGAUUCUGCAAGGAACCGACGCAAAUGGCGACCUGGACCUCCAUCGGUUGGUGCAGUACACGUUGUACGACCGCGUCAUUGGCGGGUUCUUCAUAUGGCACCGCGACACGCGCAUCUACUUCAGCACAACCAACGACAGCCACGGGUGGAAUACCGCGACGAGUGUUCGUGUAAACGCGACCAAGUUUCCGUACACGUUUGGUCAUGCCGUGCCCCUCGUCCACUCGUUUCGAUCGACCGACGACGUCGACAUGUACUGGGAAGCGCUCGAGUGCUGUGCGACGGAGCAGCUGACGACCAACCCCGCGCCAGGGCAAGUGAUGAAAUUGCCGCCGCUCAUCUCGACGGAACACAUCAACAUGGUCGCGGCCAAGAACUGGACGCCCAACACCCACGGCGUCCGAUACAGCCGCCGGGACAAGACGGCCCCGAUGCCGCGCAUUCCAGGCUCAAACAAAGUGCUGGUACAGCGCCGCUCCAAGAAGAAUGAGAAUCGACCAGACGGGGUCCAUGGCGGCCCGAUGCGGCGCAAGUACAAAAAGUACAAGUUCGUCCCGCGCGGCGUCCGCUUGGACGUCAACUUUACCCCCGAAGAAGACGCAGAGAUCAUGAAGUUGUACUUGCAGCAACUCCAAGCUACGUGGAAGGUGCCUGUCCCUGUCGAAAUGCAAGUCCCAAACGAGCCCGUGGCCGUCCGUGGGCCACAAGUGCACCGGACCCAAGUCAGCACGGUCGUAAUCACGCGAUCUGCGGCGCCGCAUCGCCCGGUGAGUCGCGUUCGCCGCCGCAUCGAUGAGUUACUUGCCAAGUUGCCCAAUAAACUCGCGUUGCUGACGCUGAAACGCUCGUUUUUCGGCGACACAAAGUUUGAUGAGGAGCGCCUGAUCGAGUCGACUCCGCGGCUCGGCGCCCUCGUGACGCGGGUGUUCAUGAUUCUCUUCACGACCGACGCCGCGUACAACCAAAUGGCCGCCGAACACUUGGUCGGGACGUGGACGCGGGAGGAGAUCGCGCUCGUGUGGCGGUACUUCUGGCUCAAAGGAUGGAUCGUUGUCGCCAAGCCGUUCCACAUUCGCGGAUUUGUCUUGACGCGGCGCUUCCAUGAGAUUUUCAAAGCGUCGUGUACGAUGUCGUACCCGCUGGACAUGUUUGUCGAGGCCGCGGAGCAAGCCAGCUUCCUCGCGUCGCGCGCCACCGACUCUGUCGAAGAAGAGGACUCGAUUCGGUGCUGCGGCGCUGUCGAGCACACGGCGCUCGUCCUUGGCCACGGCCAUUACCAAGUGCGGCACAUACCGUUGCAGGACACGGCCAAGGGCCCCAAACCCCAAGCACUCAAGCGCCGUCGCGACCACCGCCUCUCCACGAGUGGCUGCGGACUGCUCAACCACCUCGAUCAGUCCGAACUGGACCAGUGGCACGCCGCGUUUAUCAUGUCCAACAACACGACGUCCACGCCAGAGUACGAAGUGUUUUCCCACCAAGUCGAACAACCUCGGCUCAAGCGAAUGAAAGCUGCUGCGCUCAAAAAGCGCCUCAUUCCGUUUGCCAGCUUCGAGCGCGUCCUGCUGACCGUGGAGGAAGGGGGUAUGGCGAUAGACGACCUUGUUUUGGCGCUUGGCCACGACCGCGAUAUCGUCAUCGAGAGCGUUGACGUGCAUGUUGACGAAGACAAACUGGUCGCGGUGCAUGGUUGGGCGUCGUUGGUGUACGUCCUGCCCCAGUUUUCCCAGAUCUGGACAGUGUACCCGUACACAACGACAGCUCGUGGAGCGAUUCAGCUCGACACGUCCAUGGGCACGACCCCGCAUCCCUGGUUGAAGCUCAAUACACAGGCGAAUGGACCGUGGCUCGUGCGGCUCCAGCGCAAGAUUGUCGCGCUGUUGAUCCAGUUUCCCGGAUGCACGGAAGCCGCUGUGCUGUCGGGGGUCGAAGGCGUUCUGCCGCCGCAGCAAGUUCGCCUCCUCCUCUCCGGCUUGGUUGACGAAGAAGUCUUGUACGCACGCCUCGUUCGGCAAGAUGGCGCGGAACCGUUUGACCUGUUUGCGUCGGCAACAGCAUCGCCUCAAAUUUACGUCCCCAGUGACGACACGGCGCUGCUGCACGUCGACCGGUCCCGCUUUGUCGUCCACUACUUUCCAACUCCCGACUGCAUUGUAAAAUACGGCCAAGUCGCCCAAGAAAUCGACCGGGUGUAGAGGUCCCAAUCGUCAAGCAGCGAUGGAAAGAUGGGGCUUGAAUGUCGACCAUGCUGCCUUUUGCACCGUUGACCUCGGCCGACACUUUGAGCAAGACUUGUUGAGGACCCGUUCCUCCUGCACGCCGCAGUGUCUACGUCCGUCUCGAAACACAUGGGUAGCAGCAGAAGGAAGCGCAGCACGGCGUCGUGGCCGUCAUAGAACUCGCACGACGGCAUUGAUAUUGGCGGCUUCGUCACUGGCACAACUUGCCGGUGUACGUGCCAACGUCUGGCCCCUUUCACGUCGGCAGUCCUCGCAGCGUCGUCGAUGGCACCUACUGUCUCUGUGCGGCCCGCUGCAUGGAAAAGUAUUGCGGCAGGCAUUGUCGCGCGCAUGCGAUGCGCAUCCUUCGCACCGUACAGCGCGCAAGGACAAGACCACCGUCGUGGCACCACCACGUCAAUCCUUAACGCUCUCGAAGUGGCCGUACGUCGAGAUGGCGAUACUCGGCCGCCGCGUCCAUGGCAGG